AUGCGAACUCUCUUUUUUCGAAGACCGAAAAAGCAGUUGAUACUAGGUGGUCUUCUAGGAAUCUUUGUAGUCUUAUUUUUCCUUGCACGUUAUCAUGCUCCUGAGAGAAUUCAUGUAUCUCUUUCUGCUGGUGGUAAUGCAAAUCCAUUAAGAGGAAGGCUCCAGAAUGAUCGGGAAGAAAUCCCAUUAGCUGUAGCUUUAGCCCGGGAUCGCGACAACGCAAACAUCAAGAAGAACAAAUUAAAAUUUAAAAAUAACGUUGAUGUUGUUGCUCCAGAUCAAAUUGCAGAUUUUAUUAAGGAGCAUAGGGGUCCGCAUCAACCAGCUGCUGUAGAGAAGCACUUCGGUGUUGGAGGAGAUGGUGAUGUAAAUAUUCAUGGUGUUCCCUUACCUGAUAAUGCUCAAGUUGCACAAGAUUCUCUUCAGGCCAUACAUGAUGCUGCAAAGGUGCAUGAAAAUCAAGAAGAGGCAAAUCUUCCAGUUCCGGAUAAUAUGGAGCCUGAUGCCAAUCCCCAGAAUGAUCCAGCAGAACGUAUUGAAAAUGAAGAGGAUGAUGGUGGCAUUCCAUUCCAUCUUACCCCUCGACGACCCCCAGAAAAGUCUUCAUCAUUGACAAAAGGACCUGGUGAAGCAGGAAAGGCUGUUGUGAUAAACAAGGAAUCCCUUUCAUCGAUCGAACGCGAGAAAUACGAGGAAGGUGAAAAGAACAAUGCCUUCAACGAAUAUGCUAGCAAUCUUAUCAGUGUUCGUCGCUACCUUCCGGAUAUUCGCGAAAGCCAGUAG